CUUAAUUGUAAGUCUUCAAUAUCAAUAUCAAUUGUACAGCAAAGAAGCAUGGCAGACCUAUCCAACAAAACAGCCCUCAUCACUGGUGGCGCAAGCGGUCUAGGCAAAGCCAUUACCACUAGGUACCUCCAUGCCAACGCAACGGUGAUCAUUUGCGAUAUCAACCCCUCUCGCAUCGAAGAGGCAAUCUUCCAACUCUCCGCCCUCGAAACAGGAACCCUCCGCGCCUACACAGUCGACAUAACCUCCCUCGACGCAGUCCACGGCCUGUUCACCAAGAUCCGUGAUGAAUUUGGCCCUUCAGCGCCAGAUAUCCUCGUGAAUAAUGCGGGUAUCAUGGACCGGUUCGAUCCCGUGGGUGAUUUGGAUCCUGGGCUCUGGGAUCGUGUUAUGAAGGUCAAUCUAACGGCGCCGUUUUGGUUGAGUAAAUUGGCUGUUGAGGGGUGGCUUGCAGGGGAGAAGGAGGGGUGCAUUUUGAAUAUUGCUUCUGUGGCAGGGAAAGUCGGGCUAGCUGCUGGCGCCGCCUACACGGCCAGCAAACACGGCCUCAUCGGCCUAACCAAAAACACAUCCUCCUUCUACUUGAACAGGAAAAUCCGCUGCAACGCGCUCAUCAUGGGCGCAAUGGAAACAAAUGUCAGCGAUGCUUUCCACGCUGGUAUCAAUCAAGAGGGGUACCAGAAGAUGGAGGCGCUUAUGAAGGCUACUGGGACGGCGUUGUGUAAUGUUGAUGAGGUUGCGGAUUUGUGUGCUUACAUUGCGGGUGGUAGGGGAGCGGAGUUGGUUAAUGGGGCGGUUAUUAAUGUUGAUCGGGGGUGGGGGAGUGUUAUGGGGUGAGAUGGGUGGUUUAUUUGAUUGUUGAGAACUCUUUAGAUACAAAAUAGUUAGGUGUUGGU